AUGAGACGUUGCCGGCGGGAGCGCGCAGUGCGUGAAGUUUUGCAAUGCUUCAAGCAGGCAUUUCUCAGACCGCGAAGGACGUUGAUAAUGUCUGUCGCUGCGGCAUAUAAUAGUCGAAGUGAGGAAUCUUCAGACUGUGAUGUUGGGAUUACGGACGAUGAGAUGGAGGGGCUGCUGACGGAACUCGAUACAGCGAAGAAUCUGUUAAAGUCGACGAUUCAGUGCAAGCGCUGCGGGAAACGGCUGGUGAUAGACAAAAAGCAGGCCACCGUGCAGUACUGUGACUGCAAAGAUGGUCAUCCCGCAGAGAAGUCAAUAGACGGCUGGGUGCCGUUCAUGGAGGCGGAAGAUGUUAUAAUUUGGCGUAAAGAAUACAAGACCGGUCAAGGCCUUUACGCGUACAAAGUGUACGGUCGAUACCCGGAAGUGAACGCGCGCGAUUUCGCCGCAGUACAACUGGACGGUGCGUACCGCCGGGCGUGGGACGCUGCAGUCGCUGCACUAGCCGUGGUGCAGCGUUCCGCGAACGGAGUGCAAGGACAGACCGUUCUACAUUGGGAGGUCUUGUGGCCGAGACUCUUUGCGAACCGAGACUACGUAUACAUCAGACGGCACAAGGAGUUCGACGUCCACAACGAACCCCUCACACGAACCGACAAAGCCAAUGUCGACAGCCCUAAGUUAAACCCCAACGAAAUGACAAGCGUACACGCGAAAGCGAAACGGAAAGCUAUGGAGAACUACGAGAGGGAAAGAGAGGACAGUAGGAGGGAGUUCGUCGACAAUAAAGUGUAUAUAAUAGUGUCGAGGUCUUGCGAGCGUCCAGAUGUCCCGGAGACGUAG